GCAACGAAAAUUCAUUCAACUACGAGUACAACUUCAAAUACGAGUACCUACCUACAUACAUCAUUGCAAAUGCGAACAUUGUAACUUGAUGGAGAUAAGUACCUAAUAUUUUUCCUAAAAUACCCACCUAUGUAUAGGCGUCAUCAUUGAAAUAAAAAACCAUUAUUGAUAACCUUUUUGGGAAGCCGAAUGCCGAAAUGAGAGAAAAUAACCUAAUUAUACGUAUACAUCCGCCUAAUUAAUUCCAAAAAAUAGAAGAAAAUCAGAUUAGCUAUCAUUGGUUUUGGUAAAAAAUGAAAAUAAUUACUGUGCGUAUUUCUUUUCAGUAACUACAAUGUUGCAUGGCAUUCGAUAUGUGUAUUGUGUACCUACUUGAUCAAAUUACUCUGAUGCCGAUUUCUACGUAUAAUUUUUCAUGUGUGCAUUUCAGCAAAAUGAGUUGUUCGUGGAUAUUUGCGUUUUUGAGAUUUUUUUUGUUGUUUAAUAUAAGUGUCACUUCGGCAACAAGUGGUGGACCAUUUAUCACAACACCUUCCCAAACAUUUACUGUUCAGCUUUUCCAUGAAGUCAAGUUACCCUGUAAAGUAGUAAAUAAUGUUGCUGACGAGCCGAUAUUUUGGUUACGUGAGAAAGCACUCAUAUUCAUUGGUGGCUCUAAACUGCCUGAAUUUUUUCGUGAACAUUAUGAGUUGAACGACAAUUCCACAUUGUAUAUUAGAAAUUUUACUAUUGAUUUGGCGGGAACUUACACCUGUUCGGUACAAAAUCAAAUUAUUAGUCAUAAAGUUGGAUUGAAAGGUGUAUUGCCAGAAAAGAUACAGAUGAAACAGACUGAAACCAUUACGUUGCCUUGCCAUCCAGCAUUGAAAAAUUCAACAAAAGUUAUACGCGGAUCAGAUUUCGAAUGGGUCAUGGAUAACGAAGUGCCCAUCUAUUCUCAAGGAAAGUUAUCCUUAUUUUUCAACUUGGUUGUUGCUAAAGACAAAUACAUCAUUGAAAAUUCUUCUUUAAUCCUACGUGAACCUCCAGUUGGUUAUACUAGACUAACUUGUCGUCUGAUUCGCCUGAAUACGAAUUACACUUAUUUGCUUCAAGUGAAACCCUCGCCCCCAAAAAAUUAUUGCCAUCAGAAGCAAAUUUACUACGAUCAGAAUGGAAAUAAAACAGUCGAAUUACCUUGUCGGCCAUUUGAAAAACCAUUAUCUGAAAAUGCCAACUACACUUGGGUGCUGAGAAAUGAUUACCAAAGCUUGGAAAUUAUAUCAUUAAAUCAACGUAUACUUUCACAACAUGAUACUGCCGGAUACAAUAUUACCGAGAAAGGAUAUUUGGUUAUUCCCAAUUUCAUUCCAAUGAUGGACAACCACUACGAAUGUUAUUUAUCAACAAAAGCAGCGAAUACGCUAAAGAUUGAAUACUUUUCCUCGAUUACAGAUGGUGAUGAAUUAUAUUACCUCAAUGAAAUUCAUAGAAGUGGCAAUCAAAGUAUUAAUGUUACAGAAGGAGCUAAUAUUACAUUAAAGUGUCCUACAAAUAAACCAGACUUUGUAUGGAUUCGUAAUGGUCGUGAUUAUCUGUUUAUAAGUGGAAGCGCAGUAAAGAGCAGUAACACAAAUGGAUUGGAAAUGCACCAUGAUAAACCAUGGUUGAUUAUUAGCAAUUUUUCCUAUGCCUUAGGCGGGUAUUAUGAGUGCCGUUCGAGUGCUGGUUUGCAAUAUGGAUACACCAUUGGACAAAAAAGAAUCGAAAUUAAUCAGUCGGUUGGUAAUGAAAACUUGAAUAAGCAGACCUAUGUUGCUGAAUUAGGAUUAAUGGUAGAUCUGGAUUGUUCCAUAGACGACGUUGAUGGUUCAAAUAAAUCACACUUCGUGUGGAUUCGAAAUGGCGCAGAGUUGUUGUUCAUCAACGAAAAUCCAAUACGAAGGAGUAAUACGCGAAAAUUAAUUAUUGAUGAAGAUAAACGUUCCCUGGUGAUAACCGAUUUUUCGGUUUCUAUGAUUGGAAUUUACACGUGUCUCACGAGCAGCGGAAAAACUUACGUUUACAAUCUUAAAACUCCACCAGAAAACGAAUCUAAAUUUAAAACGCAAACCUUGUUCGUCGACUAUGCAAGUAGAAAUACAGUAUUACCUUGCCCUAUUGCAAACGACUACGUUGUACCAAACACUUCCUACGAAUGGAUUUUCUUACCAGAAGCCAACAUUGCAAAGUUAUCGCUGUUAUUUGUAAAUCAAGUGGACUUUACGACGGCUCCUUUUCAAGGAUUGUAUGAAAUUAACGAUGAUCGAUCAUUGGUCAUUUUGGUAAUGAAUGCGGAAACGUACGGUUUGUACCAGUGUCGUUGGACAAACGGUGAAGAAUUCACCUAUAAUAUUACUAGAGAUAUUAAAUGGAGGAAUAAAACUAUAUCAGUUAAAGAAGGAGAAAAUGUUACACUUCCAUGCCCGUUAGAGGAUCCAAAAGAUCGAGAGCUGAACGCAGUAGACUGGGAAAUCAUGUUAGAUGACGGAUAUACCGGAGCUUUUCAAUUUUUGGAUGGAAAAAUGAUCCCUCCACCAAGUUCUUACGUACUUCAUGAUAAUCUGAAUCUCGCUCAAGACAAGCAGUCGUUGAUUGUUUUCAAUGUAACUUCGAGUAUGGAAGGCUACUAUUUCUGCGUCUUGUUUCGAUCUAGUACCUACUACAAAUACACACUGAGAGUUAAUUGAAGUCAAGAACGAGCAGAAAUCACCUAUUGAAAUUUGAAAUACCUUCACGAUGACUACUUAUGAAGGAUUUUGAAUGGAUAAGAGUUACCUGGACGCAUCAUUUUGAGCAGGCAAGAAGAAUUUUUCAUUAAGAAAGCAAAUUGAUUUAAAUGUACGGAUUCAGAAUAAAAUUUUUCCAAGAUCUAA